AGCUACUCCAAUCUUAUUCUUAUUAAUCAGUUAAAGGGAGCAACUGAAUGCUAUCAAAUUCAAGAACAACAAUAAGAUCAAAAACGAGGAGAUCUCACUGUUAUAACCAAAUAAACAAUUAUUUUUUUCCUGGUUUUCAAGAUUUAAAGAAAGUUCCAAGGGUGAAAUCUGAAGUUGAUUGAAGAAAUGGGAGGUCACGUGAGCAAGAAGGCACCUGAUCAAGCAUCAACUGCUUUCAACAAUAAUCCGCAAUACACAACAGAUCAAUUGAGUUCGUACGAGGCGGCCUGCAAGCUCGACAUGGAUUUGCAGUCUUUCGAUACGUCUCUCCAAGUUCGUACGAAUCAUGUGAUUAAUACGCUUGCUGUUGGUGUCGAAGUUCGAGCACUUUCUUUCGAUUCUUUGAAAGAAGUUACUGAAUGUUUGUUAGAAAUGAAUCAGGAAGUUGUUAAAGUUAUCUUGGAAUGCAAGAAAGAUAUUUGGAAGAAUCAAGAAUUGUUUGAUCUUGUUGAGGAGUAUUUUGAGAAUAGUCUCCAAACGCUUGAUUUCUGUACUGCAUUGGAGAAGUGCUUGAAGCGUGCUCGCGAUAGUCAGCUUUUCAUUUUCGUCGCGCUUCAACAAUUCGAGGAGGAGAACGAGAAUGGAGGGAAAACGUAUGCGAAAACUUUGGAGGGAUUGAAGAAUUUUAAGUCAGCUGGUGAUCCUUUCACUGAAGAAUUUUUUCAGCUUUUUCAAUCUGUUUAUAGGCAACAGAUGUUGAUGCUUGAAAAGCUGCAAUCUAGAAAGAAUAAGCUUGAUAAGAAACUCAAGAGCAUUCACGCUUGGAGAAAAGUGUCGAAUAUAAUAUUUGUCGCGACUUUCGCUGCUGUGUUGAUCUGCUCUGUCGUAGCAGCUGCUAUGGCAGCCCCUCCUGUGGCGGCUGCGCUUGCUGCUGCUACGUCAAUCCCAUUAGGCUCGAUGGGGAAAUGGAUUGAUUCGUUAUGGAAGAAUUAUGAAAAUGCAUUGAAGGGGCAGAAAGAGUUGAUUGGUACAAUGCAGGUUGGUACUUAUGUUGCUAUUAAAGAUUUGGACAACAUUCGGGUUCUCAUUGAUCGGUUGGAGAUCGACAUUGAAUCACUGAUGCUGAAUGCAGAGUUUGCAAUUGAGCAAGAAGCUGUAAAAAUUGCAAUUGUGGAGAUCAAAAAGAAACUGGAAGUGUUUAUGAAGCAUAUUGAGGAUCUAGGGGGGCAAGCCGAUACCUGCAGCCGUGAUAUUCGACGAGCAAGAACCGUAGUUCUGCAAAGAAUCAUCAAACACCCUCAUAACUGAGAUGGGUUCUCUCCAUUGUCACACAUUGUUUAGGCAGCAAGAUACUUGUUAAUUUCCAUUUUGAAAACUGUUUAUUAUUUCAUUAUUGUAAUUAUUACUUAUUAGUACUACACAUUUGUUUCAA